AUGUCUAACGUCCUAGAACAAGAUAACCAGCAAAUUAUUCGCGACCUUUACGAAGCUACACAAAAAGCAGCUGAAGAAUAUCAAGCUUGUUGUACUACGACUAUAUAUGGCGAUACAUAUUUGGACCCAGAAAAAUGUAAAGCUAGAGAUCAAUUGAGGAAGAACUUGAAAAGAAUCAGAUUGUCCGCGGAAUGGGUGGAUAGAACAGCAAAUGAGAAAGGAUUUCUUACUAUGUACAAGGAACUUAUUGAUCAAACUCCGAAACAAUUUGUAAAUAAAAGACCGAAUUUUUCGAAUUUUGAUGGCUUGGAUGACUUCCCAAAGAAAAAAAUUCGUUCUUUAAUGAUAAAAGCUUCAUAUCUUGUGGGCCGUAAAAUCAAACUUGAAGAUAAAUUAUAUGUCAAAGUCAUUGCCGUAAAGAUGAACGACGACGGUGUAUUUUUGGAGGCGGAGGAAAAAGUGGGAGAUAAAUUGGAAUAUUAUGAAAUUACCUUAAAUUCUGCAAUUGAAAAUACCUGUUCACUUAUGAAUUUUCCCACCAUUAUAACAAUUAUGUUACCAUCUUUCUCCACUCAUUAUCUCCACUCAUUAACAGAUCUCAAUGGUUGUGUAUAUAUAUUAUUUACAUCCAUUUCGCUCAUAUCAUUAUCAGUGUCAGAAUCUUCAUUAUCAGAAAGAAUAAAGAUUUCAUUAUCUCCAUUUUCUAAUCUUGAAAUAGAGACCUGA